UCCAUGUCCCCAAUGCCCCCACGCCCUGAGAACAAUAGCAACCAACUUUACCAAGGGCCGGAAAGCAAGGAUUUUCCCUGGCUACUUUGAAAAUGAUUCCUGGUUAUUUUCAUAGGAAAUAAAAGGAAAAUAGGACCAAAAGAAUUUCCAGGGUGUUCUAUUAUCCGCUCCGCAACUUGAAACCACAGUGACAGCCCUGAACCCUAACCAGUAAGCUCUCUGCACUGCAGGCUUUAUUUUCUGGUUUUAGAUCAUUCUAGAAUUCUACCCUCUGAUUGGUUGAUAGCUAUGGUUUUGAAAGGCCCAAUAAAUAUUUUGGGGGCUUUUUUCCUGUUUUGAAAACAUUUUUUGAACUGCAGCUGCUAACUAGAUGCCUUUCAGAAUCAACGUAAGUGUUGUCUAAAACUGUGCACACUGCAACCAGACAUCAUGUAGUGAAUUAAAAUCUCACUAUCACCCACAAUUAAGUAAAAGCUAAGAUGUAAACUUCCAGUCCCAAGACAAGCUGCUCAGAGCUUUUUGUUUUUGAAACUUUAUUAUUUACAAACUGUGAGUAGUAAAAACACUGACAGAUUGAAAAACGUUUUUCCCAAAUACUUUCGAAUAACCCUUGUUUUAAAUGUCUCACUUCAAUUUUUAUUCUAUUUUGUUUAACUCACAGACCUUUCAGCAAGGAAACAGCUCUCUAGCUCUGAGGCCAAUAAGGAGGAGUUACCAGGUAACAUUAUGUCCAAUAAAGCAGAAAUGAUACGAGACAUAGAGUAGAUUAUUAAAAAGAUUGACUUUUAUCGUUUUGUUAUAUUGCAAAACAAAAUGAUCUUUAUUGUAGCAGUUAUUUAUUUUAUUUCAAAAAUAAGUAGCAAAGAAGAAGGAUGAUGUGAUACUUCAAGCGUCAAUUUUUUUCUCUCAUUCAAUCUUUCUGUUAGAAUUUUGCGUAGGUAUUUUUAACCUGCGUUAAUCCUCGAGGUUAGUUAUACAAAAUAAUAUAUAUAUAUAUUUUUUUUUUAAGUUUAGCACUCAACCACAAACGUCACUAACAACUUUGGAGGGGUACCCCUCUAUGGGCGUUUCCUCUCUGAAGCUCUCUGCGUAGGGCAAUGUCCCUUUAUACUUGCUUUACUGAUGCAGUCAUCAAACAUAUGUUGAUCUCUAAAACUGUAUUGUGUGUUUUUAGAGCCCUGAUAUCAAUAUCUAUUGUUACUUAAUAAUAAUAAUAAUAACUUACAUUUCUGUUGGUGUAGCAUGAGUUGAGGAUAAUUUGUUUUGAAAUGAGGAACUUUUACUUAUAUUUGGUGAUCACUUCUCAUAUUCUCCUGACAAUUGUUUCAUUAUGAAACAGCAGAAUGAAAUCACUUUAUGUAAAUGAGAACCUAUAUUUUGUGCGUCAACUACCUCCCUUUAACUUCCUCGCCUAUUAAGAUAUCAAGUUAUUAACGAACAAUUCUGUGAAAAAAGGAACCUAAAAUUAUCUUUAACAGAUUCUCUCUGCCUCGAAGAGUGCCAGAAACAGCUACGAUCACUUUAUGAAACCAACAGUAAAGUCAAAAUCGUUCCGUGGGACCAAUGCUCUGCCGUUCCUAUCGAUGAAAUUUACACCCAGUUGUCUUGGCUUAUGGAUGAGAAGAAGCCCAGCGGACUAACACAGAAGAAACUUGAAUGCUACACCGACAUUUUUGGGGGCGGAAGACUUAAUUAUACGCCUAAGCGCAUUUUGGUCCACGGACGACCAGGUAUCGGCAAGACCGUUUUUACGCAGAAAGCUGCAUUCGACUGGUCCCAGCACAGAUUUCAUGGAAAGCUAGGUAGAUUUGAUCUCGUACUUUUGGUUAAAUUACGCGAUGUUUGUAACCUCAACGAUGUCCCAGCCGUUCUGAGCAAUGCUAAUCUUCUCGCGAGUGAUGGUCCAAUUUCCACUGACAACCUGUACGAUUACGUUCGUCGCCAUCAAGAAAACGUGUUGCUUAUUUUGGAUGGCUACGAUGAAUACGUACACAGCGCAGAAAGAGAAUCACCUGUUCUUAAAAUCUGGGAGAAAAAGCAGUUGAGGGAUUGUUGUGUUAUUAUAACGUCUAGAGACAUGAAAGGAGAGGGGAUGAAAAGUUCCAGCGAUGCUCAAUUUGAGAUUGACGGUUUUGACCGUGAGCGACAGGAAGAGUUCGUCCGCAGAUUCUUAGAAGAUGAUCAAGAUGUUAAAGAGUUUUUUCAAUACUUAAAGCAACAAGACUUAAACGAUGUAGGAAAAAUACCUAUUUUGCUUGUGAUGUUGGUGUUGGUUUGGAACGAAAAGGAUUGUGGAGGACUACCUUCAUCACGAGCGAUGAUUUUUGAGCAGUUUAUACAGACUAUGUUUAAUCAUAAUAUGUCUGAACGAAAAGAAAAGCAGGCGGAAAAAUUUGACGACCACAAAGAAGAACUCUGUAAAGUAGGAGAACUAGCUUUUGACGCACUUCUACAAGAUUUACUUUAUUUUCCUGUCAGUAAACUGGCGGAUCACGUUUUGACUGAGAAACUGAUCAAGGCCGGGUUGUUUCAGCUGCUAAACAUGUCCGCUCUUAAUCCGUGCAAAGGCGUGCACUUCAUUCACAAAUCCAUGCAGGAGUUUUUGGCUUCUUUAUUUCUAAAAGAAGAACUGUUAUCUCAAGAAAGUAAAAGCAAUCCUCUCUUCAAAGUCGAUUCAAUUGAAAAGAUCUUUAAGUUGAAUGAAGUUUUUAAAUUUGCUGCUGAAAUGUCAGAAAAAGCCGCGCGCGAGAUCUUGAUCUAUCUGUUGGGAAUGGCGGCGAAGGAAGACGGAGAGUACAGCCUCGACAGCCAAACACCGUCAGCGUCAGAUUUGCCAGAAAAACAAACAGAUCUUUUAACUUUAUGUACACAGUUUUUCUUCCACUGCUCAGCACACACUAGAAAAGAACUUUUCCCCACUUUUCUUUCUAAUCUAGGAGGUGUUUUCAUUUUAAAUCCUGACCAGCUGAACAUCGCAGCAACGGAAAAUUUUGUUAAAACUACCGCUUCAAUUACGUACAUAUUUUUCUCUGAUAGCGACAAGUAUACAGAGCAAAGUUAUAAUAACUUAAUAAGUCUAGCACAACAAUUAAACGCCGUUAUAGUUAGUAGAACAGGAGAACAGAAAGCAUCAGAAUUUUUGAAUGUAUUUCCAUGGCGUAGAGUAGACGAGUUUUUUUUAAUGGGAGAAGAAAACAAUUCUUACCUUUAUUUUACUAAAAUUGUAAAAAAGCAAUAUGAUGGCAUCCCUUCUUUUCCAUGUAAAAUGGUAAAGGCGUUAGUUAGUUUAGAUGAGACAACAAAGAGGAAAAACAUGAAUGGUGAUGAGUCAAGUGAAGAGAGCAGGAGCAGCUGUUGUUCAAAGCGUCAUGGUCUCUCCAGGGUUCGUGAUAUUUAUGCUGGAUUUGUGUACAGGUCAGAAGUGGAACUGCUGGGUGAGAUGAUGCCGUUUAUCACCGCUCCACACGCGAUAGCGGUUUGGGGUAAAGACGGUGAAGUGUACGAUGCUGAGUUAGCAGAGUCUCUACUGAGGGGCAUCCGACCAACACACAAACUGAAGUUCUUAGCAAUCGGUGGAAUCAAUGUGACAUCAUCACCUGCUGUCGAGUUCAUCAACUUUUUAUUUAAACAAUAUCUUCCAAACUUGGAAUCGCUCUACAUGUCAAGGAAUCCUCUUCUGGGUGCAGGAGUCAGCAGCUUGAUUAACCGUCUCAGCUGCGCUCCUCACCUGAAGACACUAGACCUUGUAGAAGUGAAGAUGACUCCACAGCAGGUGAAGGAUCUCACAUCUGCGAUACAGCAGCACGGCAACAUCACUUGGCUGUACUCAUCCUACCACGUAAGUUUUCCAAUUUUAUCGUAA